AUGCUGCAAAGUCCGACAGGGCCCUCCAGUUGGCUGCGAACGUCACCGCUCGAAAUCCUCAUCACCCGCGCCUGUGAACCGUCUCUUCCUGAACCCAACUAUGCACUGCAUCUGGAGGUAGCAGAGUACAUCAACCAGAAAAAAGCGAACAAUCCUCGAGAGGCUGCAAUGACGAUUGCUCGUUUGGCCAACCACAGGAACCCUCACAUAGCCAUUCUCUCCCUCGCCCUCCUCGAUACCCUCGUCCAAUCUUGCGGAUACCCAUUCCAUCUUCAGAUCUCAACCAAGGAGUUCCUCAAUGAGUUAGUACGCCGCUUUCCCGAGCGUCCACCCCCGUUCCCUGGUCCUGUCAUGUCCAGAAUACUGGAGCUUAUUCACGGGUGGAAAGAAGGCAUUUGCACGGAGAGCAGAUGGAAGGAGGAUCUGGGUAACAUUCGUGAUAUGCACCGUCUGUUGACGUUCAAAGGAUACCGCUUCAGAGAUACAGGUCGAUCUACGAAUGCUGCUGCCGCAGCCACUGCCAACCUAAAAACGGCAGAGCAGCUCGAGGAGGAAGACCGGGCUGCCCAGUCCGCCAAACUGCAGGAGCUCAUCAGACGAGGGACACCCCGCGACCUUGCUGCUGCCCAGGAGCUAAUGAAAUCGCUCGCUGGUGCAAAUCCCGAUGCGAAACCUGAUUAUCGGACGCAAGCUCUCAACGAACUCAACAAACUCGAACAGAAAGUGAUCCUGUUGAAUGAGAUGCUGGAUAAUGUGGACAGGGAAAGGGGUGAAAAGUUUGCGACUGGCGACGCAUAUGAUCAAGUGUCAUCAAUUCUGAGCGCUGCACGACCGAAGCUACAAAAGUGGGUAUCGGAUGCGGAGACAGAUGACCCAGAGUCGCUCGAUACUUUCUUGCAGAUCAACGACCAGAUUAACACCGUCUUGGACCGCUAUGAGGCUUUCAAAAAAGGGGACUACUCCUUUGCUGCGAAUCCCAUUCCCCGAGAGCUCGCCGGUUCAAGUACGGACGCGGGCCAAGGCAUCGGGAAGUUGACGACACGUCAGCACCUACCGGCGGAGAAGCAGCACCCACAAACGAUCUCUCCGGUCUCUUCGCUGCUCCAAUACAGCAGCCUAUUCAACAAUCACAACAGCAGUUCGGGUAUGGGAUGCCUGCAGGAGGUUUCGGUAUGGGUGUCCAGCAACCUCAAUUACAGCAGCUGCAGCACCAGCAAUCGCCACCCCAGCAACCCUUUGCCCCAGCGCCCAUGUUUCACAACGGUGCCGGCUUCAGACCAGGAGCAGCCGUGUCGCCUGCAUACCCAACGCAGACCACGCCGCCUGCGGCGAUCGUCCUGCCCGGCACCCCUGGAUCGCAGCGCUCGACGCCUGCGCCGGCUGCCCAGGCGCAGAAGCCCAAUUACUUCGCUAAUGGCGGUGCCCCGGUCGGAGCGGGGGGCAUGGGUUCAGGUAUGGGCGUGGGUAUGGGCCAGGGAGUGCCAAUGGGUGCUGGGAUGA